UGACUUCUGCAUCAACAACAGAGUCCUCCACAACAGAACAAGUAACACCAGUUUUAACAACCGGUGUGGAAAAUACCACAGAAUCAACAUCUUCUACAGUUACUUAUACCACGACAACUUCUGAAGCAACGACGACAUCGGAGACCUCUGUUGUGACGUCAACAACGACAGGGCCUCCUGGGGAAUGGAGUACGUCGUCCAUACAGGAAAUAAGUGGUCUACAGAUAAACUAUCCUACCUACUCCAUUUAUGGGGAAUUGACGACCUUUAACAUAUCAAUCAGCAGCGGCAACAAUCAUACAACUAUAGCAGUGAUAGAAAACCAAACUACGGUCGUCUGUUCUCAAGACUCGGACUUACUAGUGUUUGAGUGGACGUAUAACUUCACGCAAACUGGCGCUAUCAACUUGGAGAUUAUUAUUGUAAACGAUGUUUCACAGGUGUCACAGAUGCUUGUUUUGUACAAGUAUUAUGCCAUAAAUGGAAUAUCCACCAACAAUAUUAGUAGAACAUUCAACACGUCAGAAAAUAUAACAAUGAAUUUUGAGUUGGAUUCCAAUGCUCAAAAACCUCAGGGAUUGGUGAAUUUCAGUGUGACGUGGGGAGACACAUGGAGGUCCGAAGGGGUGUUCGAAUUUGACAAUGAGAUUCUUUUGAAUGAAAUAUCUGCACCGUUGCUGUUAAGUAAGUUAAGUCAUUCGUACACAAUUCAAGGAAACUACACGGUCAUAAUCACUCUAAUUUCGCCUGUACAUUCACAAAAUAUUUCAUAUGUUGUUUAUGUAUGGGAUAAAUUAAGUGUCUUUCUUCACUCCAACAGUGCGGCAAAAGUAAACGAAAUUAUGUGGUUUCAAUUCAGUAAUCCACCGAAUUCAAAUUUUCGAUAUUUUGUGACGUACGGGGAUGGAACGACGAGGGAAAAUUCAGAUUCGGACUUGUAUAGAUCAUAUGAUGUGUCGCCUUGGACAAAAACUUACUCCAAAUCUGAACUCUAUGUCGUCACUAUGAAUGCUUGGAAUCCAAUGUACACAACAUUUGUGAAUUAUACAAUCAACAUCACAGAUUAUACACCGGUGCGUCUUCGAGGAGGUAAUGUUCACUUUGAGGGUUCAGUGGAAGUGUAUUACUCAGGGAGCUGGGUUUCAUUGUGUGACACCAACUGGAAUAAUACGAUAGCGAACAUGGUCUGUUUUAUGGCUGGGUUCGCCAGGACAUCAGCCAUAGCAUACUACGGAUCUCAGUUUGGUGUUGGUGAGAUGUCACGCAUGAGUGCGGUUUGUGAGGGGUUGGAGUGGGAUAUCAUAGACUGUGUCCAUAGUCUUGAACUCAGUUCCUGUCAUGUAGCUGGCGUCAGAUGUUCAACAGAAGGUGUCUUCUUGUUCAAGCUAUCAUAUGAUCAAGAUGCUACCAUUUCAUUACUGAGCAGAGACCACACUGUCAUUAACUUCGAUUAUGUAUCUGAAUCCCCGUCCUUUGAAGCGUUCAUUAACAACAGUACCAUGCUCAAUACACAGUCUGUCCUAUUCGAUACGGAAAACAAAACAAUUCAGUUCAAUUUGACUUCGCAAAUGCUCUCAGUCGCUGGAUUUGGAACUCAUAUUAUGCAGUUCAGAUUGUCAAACGAAAAUUAUAGUAAAGAGGUUGAAGUUGAAGUGAAUCAUGAAGAAGAUAUUACACAAUAUGAGAUUCAAUACAACAGUUUUAUAGAAUUGGGAAAACCUGCUAUCUUCAACGUAUCUGUGGCAAGUGGAUCUAAUUUACAGUUUACAUGGGUUCAUGGUAACACUGUGAAAACUUGUAAUUACACAGGAAACAAUCUGAAGUUCUUCCAGUUUAACUACACGUUUACAGAUUUCGGAAUAAGAAAUGUCACCACAUCGGUCUCGAACGAACUUGCAAUAGCAACAAAGAGUUUUACUGUUGUUGUUUUCCACAAGAUAAAUGGAAUUACUAUAAAUACUAGAAAAUCAACGUAUCAAACGCUUGAAGAUGUGGAUAUAUCUUUAACAGUUGCCGAGUCUGCACUUCAGCCCCAGGGUCAGGUCAAUGCCAGCAUUGAUUUCGGAAAUGGCAACAUUACAAACUGCAUUCUGUCUGCAAACGAUACAUAUCUUACCCCUAUUUUAAGCUUCACCCAUCAGUUUGACAUCCAGGGAAAUUAUUCUGUGCGGCUUGUUCUCAGGUCUUUGGGGGACACAGUAUUUCAGACAUACUUUGUCCAGGUCUGGGACGAACUUGCCGUUAAUCUAUCGUCUGUUACUCAGUCGAAGGUUGACACUGAUAUUGAGUUUACCUUUGGAUCCACUCCGCGGUCAAAUUUUAUGUACUACAUUUCAUUUGGAGACGGAACCAGUAUUCAAAACCAAGAAAGUGAUCUCUAUCGAGAGUAUGAUUUACAAAGCUGGAAUAAAUCUUACAGAAACCCAGGGAUAUAUAACGUGUCCAUGACGGCAUGGAACCCGGUUUAUACCAGUUACUUCUCUUAUUUGAUCAAAGUUACACAAGAUCAGAUUCUGAAUUUUACACUGGAUGCAGAUAAAGGAGAGGUCAUUGAAUACAUAUAUGGGGAAUCAAAAGAGGUUUUGGUGUAUUUUGAAACAAUCAACAACACUGUGAUUGACGUAGAAUUUGAAUUACUGAUAGGAGAGAUAGAAAUUAAUCCGGACUUGAUCUUUAUCAACCAGACUAGCGAGAAAGAAAAGCAUAUCAACCUCCCACUUUCGCUUUUAUUGCAAGAUGUACAAUUUGGAAACCACUCCAUGAAUAUGACACUCUAUGCGCAAAAUAGAACUGAGUUUCGAACUCUUGCUGUGCUUUUAUAUUAUGAGGAGAAAAUAACAGGUCUACAAGUUUCUUUUGAAGAGAAUGUCGAAGUUGGAGUUUUGACUGUUUUUAAUGCAUCCAUAACUAGCGGAUCUAAUUUGGUAGUGGAGUGGAUGCAUGAGAAUGUUUCAAGAACUUUCGUUUACUCAAAUAACAAAACGAGAUCUUUUAGUUAUAACUAUACUUUUCUACACACAGGAGACAUCAAUGUAACUGUUCUUGUGACGAACUUGGUCUCCAGCCAGACUUUCUCUCUAUUGUUGCACAGUUAUUACAGAAUCAAUGGUAUUUAUCUUAAAGUUGGGGAAACUUACCAAACAACAGAACUCGCUGAAAUUGCAGUAAUUGUAAAUGAUUCGGCUUCUCAACCUCAAGGGGAGGUCAGCUUGAUUUUAGAUUACGGAGAUAAAACAAAUGUGAGUGUCAGUUUAUCAACUGAUUCCUUCAACUUAAAAUCUGAAUUCAACACGACACAUCAUUAUGACAUUCAAGGAAAUUAUAACGUUACCGCCUAUAUGGUUUCACCGAUUGGAUCAGAAACUCUUAUGUCCAUCGUGUAUGUGUGGGAUAAGCUAGCCGUGAAUUUGUCCUCGGAGGUAGAAAAGAAAGUUUAUGAAAAUAUCACUUUUGAAUUUGGCAACAAUCCAAACUCGAACUUUUUGUAUAAAGUAUCUUACGGAGAUGGAGAGAUACGACAAAACAAUGACAGCGACCUCUAUCGGUCAUAUGACUUCCAGAGCUGGAAUAAAUCAUACGAAUAUCCUGCUUUGUAUAACGUUACCCUAUAUGCAUGGAAUCCUUUAUAUUCAAGUUUCCACUCCUAUUUAAUUUACGUGUCUCAAGACCAGAUUACCAACUUCACAGUAGAUGGAAAUUCGUUUUUACCAAUAAAAUUGAUUUCUAAAUCUUCUAUCGACGUCCGCCUCAAUUUCGCUACUUUGAACAAUACCUACGUACCUGACCUACUUUUUAAAGCCUCCAUCAACAAUAUUACUAUUGACACAAAUUCGGCAAUCAUAAACCAGGUAGAUGACAAUGUGAUUUUUACCAUGACCACCUUCUUGAUGGACAACUUCACGUACGGUGUAUACGAAAUCAUUUUCUCACUACUAGCACAGAACGAAACGGAGGAGCAUAUUCUCAACAUGACUCUUAUUUAUGAACAGGCAAUAGAGGAUAUUUUGGUUGAAUAUGAUCUGUAUACAGAGGUCGGUCACCCAUUAGAGAUCAAUGCAACAAUGAUCAAUGGCUCAAACAUGAAUACGGAGUGGUUCCUUGGCCCAAAAGACAAACAGCAUUUUCUACAUCCAUGCAACGAUACACAGUCGUUUAUAUUUAAUCACACAUUUGGCGAAACAGGAGAAAUUAAUGUGACUGUGAUAGGGAAGAACCUUGUGUCACAAAUACGCAGAAGUUUUACGAUAUUUUACUACUAUGCUAUCAACGGUUUCUUAUUGUUACCAAAUGACACUGUUCAAACAAUCGAAAACGCAACAAUUGUAAUACAAGUUGAGAAUUCUGCAAAUCAACCCCAAGGUGUUGUUGACAUAGAUGUUCACUUUGGAGAUGGUGACUCAACAAAUAUUUCUUUGGAUGCAAAUGAUCCAAAGCUAGCAAUCGGUGUUCCUCUAACUCAUCACUAUGUAUAUCAAGGAUACUACAAAAUCACAGCCAUACUAUCUUCAGAAAUCAACAGUAUAAAUUUAACUAAGGUCAUUGGCAUAUGGGACAAACUAGAUGUGAAACUGGCACAAGUGCCUCCUACUCGGGUAGACCAUGAUGCUGAAUUCGAAUUUAUUUCCACACCUAAUUCGAAUUUUCUUUACAACGUAACUUUUGAUGAUGGAACAUUCAUUACAAACAAGGAAAGUGAUUUGUAUUAUCAUUAUAAUUUUAGCUCAUGGAACAAAUCAUAUUCACAACCAAAGAAAUAUUACACUGUAACAGUUAAGGCAUGGAACCCACGUCAUACUUCUGAAAACUCGAUCUUAGUUUUAAUUGAGUAUCCUUUGCAUGAGGGUAAGAUAGGCAUUUCCCCCUCCACUGAGAUGAUCCCAAGGCCAGACGGACGACAGAAUAUUACGAUGAAUCUGUUAGAAAACCUUCCCGAUCCAUCCAACGUAGUGUGCACAUUCGACAACGAUGAAGAUCCUCCUACAGUUAAUGUACCAAUACCUCAAUUUGGAUUUAACCAUCCAAUAAAGCGAAAUUAUACAUUUAAAACAGAUGGUGACAAGAAUGUAACUUUUACUUGUCAUAAUUCUGUGAGCAGUUAUCAGGGAUUUUCUUUAAUCAAAGUGCGUUCCUUUACAGCACAAGACUUUAAUUAUACGUUUAUGAACCCAGUCAACAUGAAUAUGUCUCUUGUACCUACAAGUCCAUCAGAUGGAAUCCAUUUCCCAUUUAAACCAAAGCAUGACCCUGUUGAUGUUACUUUUAACCUGACUUUAUUUGAAUGUUCAAGGUUACCCCCAAACAUAGAAACUGUUUGGGAAUUUGGAGAUGGAUCUACUGAAGAGAAAAUUAACCAGACAGAAUUUGAAUACAUUCACAAAUUUACAAAGCGUGGAAACUAUACAAUGACUUUCAAAAUUCUCGAUCACAACUAUAACACAGAGUCUACUCGAGUGUUCAACAUCACUCUCGGAACGAUGAUUCUUUUCUGUGACAAGCCCAGUAUUGACCUGAGAAAAGAGAACUUUACUUUAACUGCUACGAAAAUGUUUGGGAAUGUAAGCUACACUUUUCAAGUGGACAUCUUGGAAAAUAGUCCAAAUGUAUCCCAUCUGCAGGAAAUUGUAAGCAUUUACGAGUCUGACAAUGGAUAUAGUACAACAAAUGUGAGUCUUCAGUUCUUUGAAUACGGGUUCUAUCUACCAAAAGUUACUGGAAAUAAUGGGACAAUAACAGAGGUAGUGUAUCUUGAUAAUCCAAUCAUCGCUGAUUACAAUAUUUCGGGGGAAAUAGACCUUGUUCUGGACCCCAGUUCCUGGAAAGUAGUACUGCCACCUGGUGAAGUCAAGUUUUUAGUUGAAAUUGUCAAUAAAUCAGAACAUCCUCCGUUUGGAUUACCAAAGAGACCUUUCACACACUGUAGUCUUCGAACAGGGGACUUGGUAGAUAAAGCUAUCUACAGUCAAGUAUUCAACAUCACAUCAGUCAGUCCUAUGCAGUAUAAUUAUACAUACAUUUCCCUUGGAAAUUUAACAGUUUCUAUAACUUGCUCAAAUAAUAUAUCAGAAGUCACAAUUGUCAAGCCGAUUUAUGUUGGCAAUGAUUGUUAUUCUAAAGUUGGACUUUUUGACCGAAAGAACUCAAUGCCAAAUGAAUCUCUAACUGUUUCAACAGCAACUGAUGUAUAUAUUUAUAGUAGAAUGGAUGUUCACUGCAUUGAAAAUAAUACAAAAUAUAACUGGACCAUUCGGGAAACAGACGAGUUUGGUUCUGACAAAGAGAUCGUUCUUUACGAUAAUCCUUUGGGCAAAAACACGGCCACAUUUCUCAUCACGAAGGGAUCAUUCGAGGCAGGGCUUUACAAAAUAGAAUUAAAUGUGACACUUGCGACUACAUACUUUCACGAACACACAUACAUGACAUUCAAGGACCCUCCUCCAUUUGCAUACAUUGUUGGAGGAAAUACCAAAACCAUUACUAGUACGACAUCAGCUUAUGAAUUUGACGCCUCUUUGUCUCACAACGGAAAGGGUGGGACGGAAAACAUCGACUUUAGUUGGAAUUGUAAAACGUUAACACAGGAUCCUUUCGAAUUAUUUGAUGAUGGAGUGAUUAAUUUGAAUCCUGGCCAAGGUGGCAAUAACUGUCAAAAUUCUGUAGCUAAAACUGACAAGUAUAUAUAUGAGAUAAGUGGUUUAACGGCUGGAAGAUACGAAGCCAUCGUCACUGUUAGCAUCAGAAACAGUCCAGGAUCUACUGACAGCUAUACACAAGUUUUAGUGGUGGACUCUGGAGACUUACCAAUCCUGUCACUGAGCUGCUCAAGAAACUGUCUCUCAAAAGUUGGUGUUGCGGCUUCCUACGCUUUAAGAGGUCAGUGUUCUAACUGUGAAGGCUCGGGAUCUAGAAAACUGCUGUCAGAAUGGAAGUUGUGGUCUGAGGAAGGGAAUGAAUAUAAAGAAGUCGCUAACUUUACAGAAAUGACAGAAACAACAGGAAUCACACGUGAAGGAAUAACCAUUGAAGCUCAUCAGUUGGAAAUGGGCAAAAAGUAUCUCAUAGCCAUGAAGGGGUCAUUUAACGACAGUGGACCAAACUAUGUGUACAAAACGUUUCGAACCAACUUCCCUCCAUACAAUGGUGAAUGCCAAGUCAACACGACUACAGAUACCAUCAACCGACUGAGUGUAGACUGCAAUGGCUGGCUGGAUGAGGGUUUACAUGAAUCACGAAAUGUUGUCAGAGAUCAAAACAACAAUGUCGUGCUGCUUUACCAAUACGAAACAGAAAUGACCAAGAACACGUCCUUUGGAAUACAAACAAUUACAAGCAUUCUGUACAGAGGCGGUGAAAGCACAAUAACAAGCGUACCUGUCCAAGCCGGAGAUAAUUUUACUGACUACAAUGUGACGAUCCGUGUUAAAAUUAUAGAUGAGUUUGGAGACUUUUCCCUAUAUGAAACAAUUAUACCUAUAAUUCCACCAGCAAAACCAGAUUCUACAGAAGUUUUCUUUGAGGGUGUGUUGACUUCAUUUGCCCAAGCUAAAGCUGGCGGUAACGAUAUGUCUGCAGUAGGGGUUCUAGGAGCUGCUGCCUCACUUUUUGACAAUGUCACCAAUUCAAAAACGGUUCCUACAGAACAAGAAGUGUUGUCGAACACUCGGGUAGCAGACGAGGUCACCGUAAAUCCUACUCCUGAUCCUGUGGAGCAACUUUAUAUUCAGAAAUUAAGAGAAAUUAUCAACAUUCUAAAGUCAGGAAUUAGUCUUGAUUGUUCCGACAACCCAAAAAGAUUUAGCAUCAACGACAUUCAACACAUUUUUGGAACUCUUGACUCUCUAACUCGAUUGAAACAGUACAUACCUUUGGAUGUCUUGGAGGACUUAACCGGAUUCAUCUACAAUAUGACGUAUUGUUUUGAAAGCGUCAUCAGUAAUGUGACAACCGAGUUGGAUGAAGGCGUUUCUUUCCUCCCACUUGAGUAUUAUGACAUUGUCAGAGACACAAUUGAUGUGGCCAUACGAGUUUUGAACACAGUAAUGGAUAAAAUGCUGCCGGCAAAGUUGAUGAACUUGGAUGUGGAACUUAAUUUAGAUGACAUUGAAGAAGAGAUGGAAUUAAAAUCCGAGUUUGAGAAUAAAAUGAACGCCCAUUUGGGUAUAUCUAACGUGACCAAUUACAAAGAAAAGUCCAACCAGAUUUUUCUUCUUCGACAACAUGAGCGGGAGAUACAACUGAAUCAAACAAAUAUUACUGCUAGAGUUCUCGCCAAUCAGCAGAAUGUUAUUGAAACAAUCCAAGGACUGAAGUUGAAAACCUUGGCGUUAGGAGAGAAAUCACUAGUGUCAACAUCUGUGCUUGAUAUAGUCACACAGAAAAUAGCGCCCGAUGACAUGGAUGAAACCUAUAUGAAAAAGUUUGAAACCAACAAAACAGAACUAACAAUAAAGGUUAUUGUUUAUAAACGAAAUCCCUAUAAUUUUGUGGAGAACGCCUCAUCCCUGACCACUGGUGUGUCCUCUAUUGACCUUGGCCCGGGAUCUACUGUAGACUCGGUCAUAAAGAAUCCACCCGUUCCAGCACCUGUGGAAUAUGAACCAAAAAUCCAGACGACAUUCCCCGAGGCAAUGAUCUAUUAUAAGUUUGAGGUGGAGAAUGAUGGCGAUGCGGGUGUAGUUUUCUUCAAACCUGAUAACUUCGAUAUAACAAAGAAUCCUAAUGACACUCUAUACAGCUUCUAUUUCAGUAGCGUUUACUUUCCAACAUCUCAAGAUUUAGAAAUCGUGGUGUCGGCUACUAAUUGGUCUGUUGAGGAUGACGGUUUCAAGAUAUUUUUGGAUGGUGGUGUCUGCAAUAAAGGGAUUUGUUAUAUGGGCAUUAAGCUUGGAGAAGUUGAUAUUACCGAUGAUACAUCGGAUUCUUCGACCUCGAGAAGGAGACGUCGAGACACCAGUCAAUCUGUAACUACCCCUGGCUACAAUGAGUCUGCACCUUUUACACCCACGAGUUCCAACUUCAGCAUGGCAAUAACAACCACAGGCUGUCGAUCUUAUGACAAGGCUACAGACUCCUGGACGUCUAACAACUGUCAGGUUUUGAGAAUUAGCACGAAAGAAAACACGGUUUGUCGUUGUACCGGAACGACAUUUUCCUCCACAUUUGUUGUACCCCUGAGCACUAUAGAUUUCACCAAUGUGUGGGGAAAGUUCGAUCCUUCCAACGCCGCCGUAUAUGGUACACUUAUAGCCUUUCUCGUUGUCUACGCUCUAGCUGCUAUCUAUCUCAGAAGACAGGAUAAGAAAGACGAAGAAAAGUGGGCUACUCAUUUCCUGAAAGAUACGGACGGUGCUGAUACAAACUUCUACUUAUUAUCUGUUUACACUGGGAUGCGAAAGGGAGCAGGAACUCUUUCUAAUGUUAAUUUUGUAAUAUCUGGUGAUGAGGCUGAUACCGGAAUAAGAUCACUUAGUGAUGGUGUUCGAAAGGGUUUUGAAACUGCAAGUGUCAAUAAAUAUGUAAUGGGAAAUUCUGAAUCAUUGGGAAAUUUGACACAUAUUCGAAUCUGGCAUGAUAACUCCGGACCGAAGGGACGUCGGAGUUGGUAUCUAAAUAGGAUUGUUGUUGAUGAUUUACGUACACAGGAACGAUAUAUUUUCUUGUGUGACAAGUGGUUGGCUAUUGAUGAAGAGGAUGGAAUGAUUGACAGAAUACUUCCCGUGUCAAGCAAAGAUGAUAUCACUUCGUUUAACACCCUCUUUUCUGAGCAUACACAAUCAAACAUAACUGAACAACACUUGUGGUUAUCCAUGUUUAUAAGACCAAAAAGAAGCGUUUUUACUCGAGUUCAACGGUUGUCAUGCUUGCUCUCUCUACUUUUCCUGACAAUGAUUACUAAUGCCAUGUUCUUUAGAUCUUCUGAUGAAGACAAAGUCGAAGGAGUUUUGGAAGUCGGAGUUAUUCGUAUAUCAGUAACAACCAUUAUUGUGUCCGUUAUAGGAAUAUCCAUCACAACACCACCAAUCAUGUUCAUAACAUUUGCAUUUCGAAAGAGUCGUCCAGCCCCACGUAAACGUAAAAAGGCAAAGAAGGAUCAACCCAUCUCGACCAUUUCAUACAAGAAAAAUACUGAAAACAGUUCAGUAAUAGAGAAGGAAGCUCCUGAAGAUAUGGAAGACGAAAUGCAGAAGAACACUGUAAAUAAAGACGAAAACUUAAGCAACAACAGAGAAAAUGUAGACUUGGAAGAUUUACUUGACAACAGUUCUCUACCAUUGCCACACUGGGUUCGAAGAAUUGCUUGGUUUGUCGUUUUCCUUUCCGUCUUGACGUCAGCUUUCUUCCUUCUGUUGUACAGUAUGGAAUGGGGAAUAGCCAAGUCAGAGGAAUGGCUAUCCUCCUUUUUAUUAUCCUUCUUGGAAUCUCUUCUCUGCGUCGAUCCUUUAAAAGUUCUCUUGAUAUCGGCUGUCUUUGCUUUGAUAUUCAGGAAAAUGGCGGAUGAGUCCGUCCCACCUAAGGUUGAAUUUGAAAAGCUUCAAUCAGUGUCUAAAACGCAGUUUAAGACAAAGAGUCGUGAAGGUUUUAAUGCUCUAGUGAAUAAUAUAGUGACGAGUCAGAAGCCUUUGUCUGAAGAACAAGUCGCAAUUAUGAGAAAGAAACGACAAGAGGAACGCACAGCAAGGAACGCUAUGAUAACAUUACUGGUGUAUGCCGUAUAUGUGUCCGCCAUUUACAGCAUCAGUUAUAUGGAGCGUGAUCAAAGAGCUUACAGUUUCAAAGAGAGUUUGGAUAAUUUUAUGUACAGUUCUUUCUCUAAGAUUUCGGAGACAGAUUCAUUCUUCAGCUGGUUAAAAGGUUCGCUUCUCCCAACAUAUUUUCCACAGAGAAAUUACGCGAAUCAGACAAUAUUUUUUGCAAGAGAUUUACAGUACUUUGGCGACAAUGUCAGUAUACGAAUAGGUCCUCCCAGGCUGAGGCAAGUCCGAAUGGGACAAGAUGACUGUGAAUAUUCCCGUCUUACCUGGCCCUACCCUUGUUAUAGUCGGUAUUCGAUGACUGACGAAGAUGACCACUCAUACUGUUUAGGUUGGAGGCCUUAUGAACAAAGCUGUCUUGAUCCCAAUGAUAAAACAAUGGAAGCUUGGAAAUUCACUAGUGCGUUUGACAUAUGGGGGAUUCCUAAGGCUGGUGAAUAUAACACAUACAGUGGAGGCGGUUAUGUCAUAAGUUUAAAAGAGACAAUAACUGAGGCAACCAAUAUUGUUAAUGAUUUACUCAACAAAACGUGGAUCGACAGACGUACAAGGGCUGUAUUUCUGGAGUUCGUUUUGUACAAUCCGAACGUGAAUCUGUUUGCCUACGUCAUGUUUCUUACGGAGUUCACCGAACUUGGGCGUGCUUUUACUUGGUAUGAAUCAGAGGCAUUUCGACCCGUGGCAUCUGCUUCAGCUGUUGGUUCCUACGUCAUAGCUUGUUAUUCUAUUUUCAUAGCUUACGUCAUCUACUCGUUUGUAAAAUUUAUAAGAGGAAUUCGAAAUUUGGGUUGUCCAGCUUACCUAAAGCAUCCCUGGCAUUACGUUGAUAUGAUCAUGGCCUUUCUUGGAUUUGCUGCCAUUGGUGUUUACAUAGUACGCAUCCAAGCUGCAACAAAAGCCAUGGACCUUUAUUAUGAUCAGCUUGUCACAGGAUCAAAGUUUAUUAAUUUUGCUAACAUUGUAUUAUGGGACAAUACCUUCUCCAUCAUCUUUGCCAUCUUGGUUUUUGUGUCCAUCAUUCAGUUCCUGCGGAUCUUGGGAUACAGCAAGAAAGUGACAGAAAUCAUUUCAGUUAUUACAAACGUAGGAAAAGACCUCUACGGAUUCUUGAUCAUGUUUUCAAUCAUGUUCUUUACGUUUGUCGGGACAGGAUAUCUGUUAUUUGGGUCAACUGUCAAAGAGUACAAGAGCUUCUUCAGCGUAAUUGGAAGCCUGACUAACACGUUCAUUGGUGUCAACAGUCUCGAUGCCUUGAUAGAGUCAAACCCUGCAAUAGCAAGAACUUUUUACUUUAUGUACAUUUUGUUAGUUAUAAUGACGUUAUUUACUAUAUUUGCUGCAAUUCUCAACAAAAGCAUUUCUGAAGUCAAAGAUGAUAGCGAGAGUUCCCCAGAUGUGGUUGGAGUAAUGGAUAUCGUACUGAAAUCCGCCAAAUCAGCAUUAUCAUUCGUACCAACUGUUGGCAAAACCGAUUCUAAAGAAGAUCAUUCAGAAAGUUGGAGUGAUCUACAAGAUGAAUUACGUAAAGGGAAUGUAAGCGCUUUAAAUGUAAUGAGACUAGUUAGAGAAACCUUUAGCGAUGUUGAAGGCGUACAGACGAAGCCAGUGGAGACGGUAAAGCCAAUGACGGGAAUCCAGGAGUUUCUUCUCAACGUCGACAAAGAAAACUCAGAACGAGGUUCCGCUAGCCCAAAACGAGACAUCUGGAAAGACGAUGUAGAUGACGAUGAAAGAAGAGUGCGAUUUCAGUUUCUAUAAGACCAUGUCCAGCUUGUAAUGUCUUACCUUGGUCACAUAUACUGUAUUUUUCUAUGCAAAUUAUUAAUGGUAUUCAUGGGUUGUUUUUAAUAAGCACAUAACCUUUUUUUAACAAUCGACGACAGUGAACUAGCUUUUCACUUACAAAAGUAGAUGGUACUCUCAAAAAAUGGAUUUAAAUAUUAAUUGUGCACUCUAUAGUAGACAUUACUCUUUUUUUUUUUAAGCAUGCGAGAUGAUAAUGUAUACAAAUGUUCUAGCACGUUAUUCUGUUAAACAAAAGAGUUGUCAUGGUUGAAUUUUUGUGUCUGUUAUCUAAUUUAUAAAAUUAUUAUGCAAUGUU